AUGGAAUCUGAUAAAAGACAGCUUGAAGUCGAGCUGGCAGAUCAUAAAGUUUUCCUGGACAAAGUCAAACGAAUAUUACUGGAAGAAGAAAAGAAGAGAUUCCGCUCAGGACUAGUUACCAGUGCAUUGGAGAACAACGUGGCUAUCGGCCAGAUCGGGGAUGCUUUAAUAGAAAUCCUUCAAAAGUGUCUCUUUGAUGAUGAUAACGAGAAGAAAACGCUGCAGUCAAAGUUAGAAAGGGUAAGGGAGAUGGCACGCUCAUAUUUUACGCAACAUUAUGUUACAGCAGUGGCGGAUCAAGGCGCUCCUUAUUUUGGGUUGAAAAAAAAGAAUCGCAGAAGGAUGAAAAGCCGGCGAAGCAAACGACAAAAAACAGCUCCCCCCUCCUUAGCUCAAGGUCUAGAUCCGCCAUUGUACUGUAUGAUUAUUGACCUACCAUGGUUUGUUUUAACGUCAAAGAAAAUUACUCAGUUGUAUUAAACAAUGUUAGUGAAAAUUAAUCGCUGAAUCAACGCCAAUAUCUGGGUAACUGUGCAUCUACCCAACCCCCCCCUCCUUCAACCUAACAACUGUUGAUUGAUAUCAAGGCGCAUUUAAGGUUUAUUAUGGAUUGGAGGCAUGGUACAUGUACAUGUAGGUACGAAGUUGCUAAGAUACUGACAUUGUUCUAAUGGGCCCGCUUUUUGUAAGUCGAGAGUCCACCACGUACAUGUUGCAAACUGCAAUUAACUGCCUAGAAAUGUUUGCUGUUCUUCACGUGCUUAAUGCCGUCUGAUAUUGUUCUUUAGCAUAAUUAUUCCACUCAAUCUCAAUAAUCUUCUCUUAGAUGGCAGAAAGUGAUUUUCUGAUAAUGUUUGUGACCGACAAACUUUGUAAUCGCUUAAUAAAAGGACAAGACAAAAGAACGCAGGAUUGUCUUAGUGAGUGGGUUACCUCAUACGAAAACUUGAAUUUUCUUUCUAUCUCAAAGAUCAACUGCAAUUAUCAAUUUGGGUUCGUGAUCUUUUGUGCGCUAAAAAAUCACGGUAUCUCGCUCAAUCUCGUUCAAUAAGUAUGUAAUGUUUGUGUGCACUGUACAUUCUGUAGGUCGAGACAGAUCUGAGAAGCAGCAAAGAACGUAUUGAUGCCACACAAGAUGAAUUGCAAAGGGAUUACAAAGCCAGGUGAGAAAGUACGGCCAGAGAUUUCUUGCAGCCAAAAAAUUUCAGUUUAAAUUUCCUGCAGAUUUUUCAAACUUCCGAUUGCUCUUUCUUCAUGUGGUGUUUUGUAACAUAGAUAUCCGUUGUUGAAACGGGAUGCCAUUUUGUGUUUCUUCGCCUGCUUCGUAAUUUCCUCUUUGCUAGUAUCAAAAGCGCUAUUCACUUGUAUGAACUAUACUGAUAUACAGUUUGUUAGCCCGAGCUUAUACGGUGUUAAGAGCGAAAACAACCCACACAAAUGUAAUGAUUUCAAAUAAGAGUAAUACCUCUGUUUUAGGCUAUCGAAGCUGGAGGAGGAACAUAAGCAGGCGUUAGAUUCCUCAGCCAAUAAAGCAGCCCAGUUAAGGAGAGAGCUGGACAGUUUACAUGAAGAAACAGAUAAACUCAGGUGAGUAACUCUAGUACCUGUUCUACUUGCGAAAGCCGGGUUCUUUAUAUGUGGGUGGUGUUAAUACACGUAGAUCCAUGCUCAAUCUGAGUUCUUAUGCUUAAUUUUACAGAGGGCAACAUCAAAUAGAAGUUUCUGCACUGGAUGAAAAAAUGAAAUGCCUUCAUCUUGAGCUGGAAAAGACUAAAAAAUCAAGUCACGAAACCUCACUGCAAUUAGAAAUAAAGGUAUGUAUGUUAUUAAUAUCAAUACUUUCAACUGUUGUGUACUUUUUGAACCUAUCUUGGAUAAGAGUAAUCUCCAAACAUCAUGUAGUUCAUGAAUACGAGACUUGUGCAACCGGGGGUCGUAAUGUUUUUAUAUGCAUGAAAAUGACUGAACUUUUAUCAGAUUAUGAUAAAACUUCAGCAUUAAAUUACUGGCAUAAGUCAACAAACUGCGAUGCGCUCUAACUUCGGCACGAACAGGGGGUCGAGCUGAAUGAUUGCGUGGUGUGAGGGGUUUGAAUGAUUUGACUCACUUCUUGAAUUCUUUGUAAAAUCAAUAACUGAAAAUGAGCCUAAGUAACGUUUCAAAAUUAAGCGGAGGUCCCCGCCGUGGAAUUGUCAUUGUUUCACAGUACUGUUACCUUUAAUACAAAGUAUUUCAAACCUCAAAACUUUCGAGAGAAGAGCUUUGUUCUUGUUCGUAAAAAUGGAUUAUUUUCAUCUCCUUAGAACAAAGAAUUGGAAUCCACUGUUCGGGAAUUGACAGCUGAACUUCAAGUUGUGAAAGAAGAGAAACAGAACUUACUGGAGCGUGUUUCGCAAGAGCAAGCAAAUGUUAUUUCUGUGAACGAGAAGCUUAGAGCUGCAGAGAAACUUCGACAAGAAACAGAAGCGAAGAACGAAGAUCUCAGCAAAGAAUUAGCGGUUCUUCGGGAAACGUGCCGUGAAGAAGCCAAUAGUUUAAGAACUGAUAUAAGUGAAAAAGAUAAACUAAUGAAAGACAUUCGCGAAGAGAGUGCUAAACUUCGAGAAAGUGAAGUCGAAAGAGCAAUUAAUCAAGAAAGAGAGAAGGCGAACGCUCGCCUGGAUGGUAUAUUAAACGAGCUUACGAAAUCCAAUCAGGGUAUUUCCACCUUGACAUCUGAUUUAGAAGGGAAAAAAUUAGAUUUAUCGAAGCAGCGAGAAGACAAUAUUAAAUUGAAAGAUGAUCUAGAUUUGAAAACUAAGGAAAUGAACCUUAUGAGAGAGGAAAAAAUUCGUUUAGCUGCGGAACUUGAAAAAAGACACGACGAAAAUGAUAAUCUGCGUAGAGAAGUUGAAGAAUUGGGUAGAACUUUAGAGGUAAAAUCAAAGGAUCUCUCCGAAGCGGAGAACUGUGUUAGUAAACUUCAAACUCAACUCAAGGAAAGAGAGAGGACCAUAGAGAAUUUUCAAGUGCAAGGAACAAACCUUGCUGAAAUUAUUGAAAGAAACAGUCAAACGGGUGACUCGCUACAACGUGAGAGGGAGCAACUGAUUCGAACGCUGGAGGACAGAAUUAGCGAGGUGGAAGAAAUGAAGAGUCAUCGCGAAAUCUUAGCAAAAAAAUUGAGGUCAAAGGACAAACGUGUCAAGGAACUGGAAGAGGAAAGGAACUCUUUAACUAAUAGUUUGAAUAUUAAGCAAGAGGAGUUAAACGCUCUAAUGGAAGACCGAAGUAACACCAUGGCGGAGUUGAAAUUGCGGCAAAUUGAAGUGACAAAGUUGAAAGAGGAAAACAAUUCACUGAGUUCACUGAUCGAAGGACAACAUGGAGAGCGCGAGAAGGAGAUCACCAAAUUGUUAUCUCGAUUAAAAGGUGACGAUAGUAGCUUUAACCCUUUAUACCUUGAUUUUAGUACAAGAUCCAUAAUUCUCCAUACUGUUUUCUGUACAUUUACUAGGGUGCCGGCAAGGAGAAUUUGAUUAACAAUCAAGACCUUCUGUAAUUGGUGAUCAUUUCCUUCAUUUUCAUGACUUCAAUGUUUGAUUCAGAGGUGAUAUUCGUUUCUUCGCCUACAUUUUGGAGAAACGCGUGUCUUGCAACACUUAUAAUGAAGGCCUGCAGUCAAAUUUCUUGGCUCGAUAUCAGGGUUUCCCCCCCCCCCCUUCUCCUUCUCCUUCUCCUUCUCCUUCUCCUUCUCCAAUCCCCUCCGCACUCGUCGCUUUUUUUGCUCCCUUUCGCCCCAUGCCCUCGCAUGGCUCAUGCCUCUGCCGCUUGAAUGAAAGGAACGAAAAGAUUUGUGUAAGCUCUGCUCAAGCUUGUCGGUCCGAUAACCAUUUUUACUUAAAAAAAACUCUUAAAUUUACGAACACAGGGAUAACAAAUUACCAAUUUAGACUUGUGUUUUAACAUAUGACUGAUGUAUAGAAUGAAAGAGAGAGAACUGAGAAAUAUGUUUGAUUGACUGUGUUAUUUACAAGUAUGCUUUCCCUAUGUUUACCUCCCAAGGUUCUGAGCAGGACUUAGCUUUAACGCGAAAGCUUCUGAAAACGAAAGGUGAUAUGAGUGGGAAAGGUGAGUAUUGCUGCAUAGCACAGUUUGAACGCCUUGUAUCUUGGGACAACGGAUGACGGUGUUGAGGAAUUUCCGAAGUAAUAGGAAGUUUCUUCGAAAUGACCCGUGAUCCGGUUCGUCUUUUAAGUUGUUGUGUAACUAUUUGAGGGCUAAAUGCUACUUUACAGCUAAAAUCUCCAUGGAAAUUCUCGUCUCUUCUUAAAAUUCCGCGUGGGGUGAUAACCAUAUACAUGUAAACCAAGUACAAUUUGUUCAAUUCUUUGUUAAAUUUGGAUCAAUGUCAGUUUCGGGGGACUGCGAACCUACCCUUCCCCUGACCCACUUGUCGUCCGUUGUUAGUUGUUAGCGUAGGGGGAAGGUAGGUACGCAGUUGCUCAGACACUGAUCGGGAAAUUUUGGUUCCAACUAACGUGAUAACCGUGAAAUAUAAGUCGGGGUGAGAAGUGCGAAGUGUGUUGUUUGAUAUUGAAGGCGCUGCUUCACGACUUGUUUGCCCUUUUUUGCGAUGUGUAAGGAUUGCCUUGGAAUGAAAAACGUUGAUAAGUAGUACAAUGAGGAAGACGAGGAACAAAGAUGGAAGAAACAAGGCACCGGAAGGCCGAUGGAGAAGAUUAUCAUAGACUACCCCGAGAGCGCUUUUCGAGUAAUCGCAACGGCCGAUCAGAGGAAAGGAAAGAGCCAGUGAGAUCUCAAAGUAAAAGCAGCCAAACUGCCUAAAGCGCGGGAAAACGCGGGUGACUAAGUCGUGAUUGUCUUAGUUUUGUAUCUGAUUGGUUGAGAAAGCGGAGCGAGUUUUCUGGGCCAAUCAUGAAGCGAAGUAAAGUUAAUACAGUGCAAUCACGGAUUACUUUCGACGCUCAAUUGCAAACUGCACUUAUGACGAAUCAGGUCCAUUUUGUGUCAUGUUGUUUGUUGGUUUUUUUCUCAACGUGCAUUGUCAUACAACACAAGUUGAAGCAGUUUAUUUAAAUUAAAGUACGCCUACUUCAAAGACUGAGAAGUUUUGCCUUCUGUUUGUUUUAAAAGCUGUACGAGUGGCAAAUGCUAUGCAAGAGGAGGUAACCGCUAAGCGUGGAGAACUUGACGCUAUGCAAAACAAGUUAGUUAUCCGCAGUGUGAUUCUAUUUAACAUUCUAUUUUUUCUCUGGUUAGUUCGACUAAAAAAACACAAUCAAAUCUACUGUUUUUCUUCUUGUUUUGUAGAAUUCACUGGUUAACAGAAAGUCUCAAUAACGUCUCCAAGGUAAAUUGCACUUUGCUUGUGCAUCACGAUGUAGAGCCGGGUCCUAACCUUUUACACUAAUAUCAGUAUACAUAUUCUUACUGUCCUCUAUACAUUUCCCAAGCGGCUGACAAGGAGAAUUUGUUUAACAAUCAAGAGAUUUUUUAGUUGAUAAUCAUUUCCUACAUUCUUGUGACCUUAAUGUGUGAUGCGGGGAUGAUACUGUGAGGAGAAAUUAUUUGCUAGUCAGUCUUACGGGCCAAAGGUUAACCCCCCGCAUAAAAUUAUGCAGCAUGCUCAAAAAAUUUAAAAAAUUAGGGCAACCUGUCUUCGGUUUCUCUGUAAUCCGCAGAGCGAGUUUUCGAAAAUUUGAUCCGGCAAAAUGUUCAUGAUCUAGUCAAAGCUCCCUUAUCUUGCUACCUCUCAGCUACCCAUACAUUCAUCGUUUUGGCCUCUGUCCUUCUUCUGAAUGACUCUACGUUUUCAACGUUGAGAAGAAAAUCAUCAUUCAAAUAGCGUUUCAAUUUGCCUUUCAACCGGUUUAAAUUUACAUUAUGUCCAAACAGAAAGCGCCACUCUUUUAAAUGAUUGCAGUCCGCCUUUUCGAUACAAGUCGAUACGAUACAACUUCAGUUAUUUCGAUACCAACCAGUGAAGGUGUAAUUAGAUAUUUUCAACAGUCUGCCAGUCCAAUAAAAGGAGUUUAAGAUGUUAAGACGGCACUGAAUUUUUCGGAGAUAAACCUUGCUGCGAGAAGAGAUUGGCGAAGGACUUCACUAGUUUGUAUCGAAAUGACGUUCUACGUUUAUUAAAUGGUGACUUUAUCAAUGAAUCGAAUCGACUUCAGUUUGUAUUGAAUCAACCUGUAUCGAAUCGACCGUAAAUCAAAUGCUUUUGUGGUAUUCGUUUGGUUUUUAGGACGCGCGUUAUUAUGAAAGGAAAAGCAGUGAAUUAUCAGAAACGUCAGAAAAACUGGCAGGUCGCCGAGACCAGUUGGAAUUCGAGCUGCGGAAGGUCCGAGAACAGAAAGAUGAGUAUAAAAAACAAGUCAACCACAUGGAGCAGGCCCUUGAAAAGGUAUUAAUUGUCAACGACUAGUUUUUAAAGGCAUAAUUUAGGCGAUUACAGAUGAUAAUUUAAAUACCACUAUUUAAAUGUUGACAUCAUUGGACAUUAAAAAUAAGAUAGAAUAACGAUGAGGAUUAAGGCAAACUGACAAAGCUAAAUACGAAGGAAGUUCAUGUUUGAGUUUGUGUUUAUUUCAGUGCAAAAUAGGAAUCGUUUAUAGCCUAAUUCGGUGCCCCUCAAAUUGUAGGGAAAAUAACGGUGGGGUUCUAUCCCCUCCAUCCCAGAAAUCGCUCAUCCGCUGAGGAGGCAAUACGUUUUUCAGUAAUAGAGUCUCUUAUUCCUAAUGUACAUCGUCAUACCUCCCUCAUAGGCAGCUCUCAAGCAUGCAGACUCGCAGGGUAUCAUCGAGAAGAUGGAACAAGAGAUGGCAAGACUUAAACUGAAGCACUCACUUGAGAUAAAGGUAUACCAUCAUCGUGCACGACACCAGAGUAUGACAUGUCCGUUUGCACUGUUGGGUAUGUAGAAGUAACUUUACAUUAUCUACAAUUUCGAUGUUGUCUUCUAGGAACUUGAGCGGACAUCCAAGGCACCCAUGACUGUCAGACCAGAAGCUGCAACGCUAGUUGAACUGUUGACAAAACUAAACACUGGUUUUAGGUGAAUAUUUCAAUUAUUUUUUUCUACUGCCUGAUUACUACAUGCCUAUUAGUCCAUUUUCGAGAUUAUUUUUGGAAGUAAGUAAGCUUUCUAAUGACACAAAUACCCCAAAACUCAUGUUAAGGUCAUCCUGCACCGCUAGACACAGUGAACAAUUCUUCUUACACUUCCUACGGUGUAACUUUUCGAAUUCACCAUUCUUUAACCCUUUAUACCCUAACAUCAGUAUGCACAUUCUUCUUACUCUUCUGUACAAAUUUCGUCAGGUACCGACAAGGAACUUUUGCUUAACAAUAAGGCGCUUUUUUAGUUGUUGACCAUUUAUUCUCGUGACCUUAAGGCGUGAUUCAGGGGAAGUAAGGAGAAAUUAAAAACCAGUCAGUCCACCUGGUUACAGGGUUGAAGUCAAUAAUUGAUAGCAACAUGAACAGAGACUACCAUCCACAGAUGUAUGUUCAUCAUCAAUGAUCGAUCGAAAAAUAAGCUUUAAGUCAAAGUUCAUUUAUUGCUAUUGAUUAUUGCUGCUAGUCGUUAGUAGUUUCAGCGUAAGGAAAAGUCUCCUUACCGAAAAUGAAAGCUAAAGUUCUUUACACAUAAAACUGAGUUUUUCCAAUGGGUGCAAAUAUAUUUGGAAAAGGAGUUGGUAAUGAAACAAUCAUAAUCGGUCGGCAGGUAAGUUAGUAGGACUGUCGAUUGGUCGAUACUGAUAUACUGGUCAACGUCAACAAGGUUAAGUUUAUUUGUUUAUCAGAGCUUAUCCCGAUUUCUAUUACAUGAGGCGACCGGGCCCAUUACUGCUCCUCCGUGGAUACCUGUCCAUCGUAAGGUUACCCCUCAGCGUGUCAUAAGGCUUCUCUGACAAUUCGCUAGUACCUGUCUAUAAUCCUCAGCCCUCCAAGCUGCGACCAUCUUGGUCGCUAUGCAAGUGAAAAAUAUAGUGGCCAUUUGGCGACAAACAGGUUAAAACAAAAAUGAACAAAUGUUUAUUUUGGCAACCAUUUUACGGUUGAAGGUCGCCAAAAGGCCACUUUUUGAAAAAUUAAUCUUGAAGCGCUGCUCCUUGGUGGAGAGAAAAUUCUACUCCUCAAUUUAUUUUGUUAAUUUCUAUUUGCCUACUGAAGGUGGCCCCCGCUAACCACUCCAGCAAAUUACACCAAUGUUCUCUUAACUCAGAAGACUGGUAUUCCUCAGCAUUUCCCAACACCUCUACCGCUUUCCCAGGGCUCUCAGUCUGAAGUGGCAGAAUCGGAGAAUGGACAGCUGAUGCAAAGUGGGCCCUCUCGAGAGGUUAAGCGAAAGUUCUUUACUUUGUACUUUGUUUGUUGUGAGACUUGUGACGUAAGAUUAAAAUAUGAUAGUUUCUUGAGCCAUUCGAAUUCAUAUUUGCAUCCGUAGACAAGUGAAGCCUCGUCGAAGAAAAACGAUGAAGUUACAGAUGACCUGAAAACGUUACUACAUGAAGUGCGGAGCUUGAUCUCAAGUUUCCAAGCGCACGUCACCCAAACUGCGACUCCAGCCAAGACUCCGAAUGCUCCGUCUGCGUCACAGGGUUCUCUUGCUGAGCGAGCGCUGUUGUACGACUGCCCCGUGCGUCCUGACGAACCAUAUGUGGGAAAAAGUGAGCAGCAGCGUGCUGUCGGCGAGACAACCUCUGACAAGAAAAAUUUUGGUCCUUCAAGUGAGGAUGAAAAGCAAGGCCAAACAAGAAACGGUGACUGGAAAGAUCGUGGCGCAACCGAGAAGGGGCAUCUUCGUUCUAAGCCCUUUAUUUCCCGAAGGCACAGGCAGGAAAUCAACAGAGAAGAAGGUUCAUCUUCAUCAACAGAUCUGAAUUCGAAAGUCAGCAGCAGAUGCGAUUUCGACGAGGUCAGCGACGAUGUCAACGACUUUGCAAUUCCGCUACACAGUUCGUCUCCAAAGAGGGUUGAUAUUGCAUCCAGUGAUGCAGUCAGCGAACGUUCACAAGCAUUUGACAGGCCCCUUUCAUUGUCGUCGUCGUCGAUUCACAGUGACCACUCAGAUGUCACCUCUCUUUUAAUGGACCGAUCAACUUCCACUGUGGACACUGUUAUCUUACGUGACAUCCUGAACGCGGCUCGUUCUUGGAAGCCAAAGUCGAGCGCAUUGUCAGUUACAAGUAAUCAGUCAACUUCAAAUGAAAUGUCUGGUUUGGCGCCGUUACCAAACGGCAAGUCGCGCGAAAAGCGAAAACGAAGGAAGACGAAAUCUUGA